GAGAGGGUUGCCACGUGGGAUUGUUGAUGAUAGUGUUUGAAUUCAGCAUCAAGCCAUGAAGAAAGAAGCAUCAUCAUUCAAAUGCUCUUUCUUUCUCUUCUAACCACACAUCUCUCAUCACAGUCAAAGCAGAGCAACAAUGGAGAUUAGUGCCAUCAUGGCUUCAGCAACUCCAAGACCUUCUCUUCCAAUUCCAACUCCAUCUUCUUCUUCUUCUUCUUCUUCUUCAACAUUAGUCUCAAACUCCAAGUUGCCAUUGUUGAAGCGUUCAUCACACAUAACACUUCCAACCUCAACUACCAUUUCACUUCUCGCACUCUUUUCACCACCCCAUGAAGCCAAAGCAGCUCUCACCAUCCCCAAGGACCAGAUUGUCUCUUCUCUCAACGAUGUGGAGAAGACGAUUGAUCAGGUUCAGGUGGUGGGUUCGAGUUUCCUUGAUGCGGCACAGCGUGUUUUGGAGAUUGUGGGGAAUGCUUUGAAGCCUGGAAUCGAUGCGGCGAUGCCGAUUGUGCAGCAGGCUGGGGAGGAGGCCUUGAAGAUAGCUUCCCCUGCCAUCUCUGAAGCUUCCAAGAAGGCACAAGAAGCACUCCAAAGCACUGGUGUUGAUCCCCAACCUGUCAUCACUGCUGCCAAGACAGUCGUGGACACUGCACAACAAACAACCAAGGUGAUUGAAGGUGCGAAGCCAAUAGCUUCGGCGACAGUUGAAACAAUAUCUUCUUCAGAUCCUACUGUGAUUGCUGGAACAGCUGGAGCACUCUUUAUUGCGUACCUCUUACUUCCUCCAAUUUGGUCUGCCAUCACCUUCAACUUCCGUGGUUACAAAGGUGAGCUUACGCCUGCUCAAACCCUCGAUCUGAUAUCAACACAAAACUACUUCAUGAUUGAUAUUAGGUCAGAGAAAGAUAAGGACAAGGCCGGUGUUCCCCGCCUUCCGUCUAGUGCGAAAAACAGAAUGAUUGCCAUUCCAUUGGAAGAACUACCAAGCAAGCUCAGAGGACUUGUUAGGAAUGUGAAGAAAGUGGAAGCUGAACUAGCAGCUUUGAAGAUUUCUUACUUGAAGAAAAUCAACAAAGGCUCCAACAUUGUGAUCAUGGACUCGUACUCGGACUCGGCGAAAAUAGUAGCAAGAACAUUAACGAGCCUCGGUUUCAAGAACACGUGGAUUGUGGCAGACGGGUUCUCGGGGAACAAAGGGUGGUUACAGAGUAGACUUGGAACAGAUUCUUAUUUCUCUUCGUUUGCAGAGGUGUUGUCUCCAUCAAGAGUCAUCCCUGCAGCUGUUAGAGGUUUUGGAACAACCUCCCAAUCAAGUGCCAAGCUUCUUCCUGGAGCUGAUUGAUUCUCUUUUCUUUUCUUUUUUCUUUUUUUUCUUUUAUUUGCAAAUACAAAUCUACCUCUUUUGUAUGUUCAUGUCCUCCUUAUUUUUUGUUUCAUCAUUUUCUCA